AUGGCAUUUAAAAUAUCUAAACUAAUUGAACACGAAAAAUAUGUAGAAAAAUUUUACAACAUAAAUUUCAUAAGUAAACAUUCUUAUGAAGUUCGCGACUACUCUACGAUAACAGCGUUCGAAGACAGUUUAAGUCUUAUACUUGACCAAUUCAGUAAAUAUUAUUUAUCGGUAUUUCCUACUGAGACAAAAGUAAAUGAUUUAUGUAAACGAUUAGAAACCAAUCCAAGCAAUGAAUAUGAUUUACGAAUACGAAAAGACUAUGUGGUAAAUAUAUGUUUACAUAUUGUACGAUGUAUAGAUUAUUUGUACGUUAGCGGAUUAUACAGAAAUAAAAAACUGUUCAAUUUGUACAAAUCGCAUAGCUUGCUUUGUAGAACAAUACAACAAUUUUUCACAGAACAUUGUAAACAAUCAAAGGUCACCGAUGACGAAAUGACUAUUAGUUGCAAUGUCAAAAAGUUACAUAUUGUGUUAAGAGAAAUAAUAUAUUUUGAACAAAUUACUGAAGAAGAAUCCCUUAAGUACCAAGAAAACACAGUAUACCAAAGUAAUGCUACAAAAUUUGUAAAAUUAGAAUUCGAACUCAUGAGUGAUAUUGAUUGGACGGAAACAUUUUUUAACGAUAGUGCCCAAUACAAUAUUUUUAAACAAACGCCAACACAGAAUGUAGAACGACUUAAUCAUCAAACACUAUGCGAUACAAUAAAUUUAGAAAAAUCAUUUAAAAAACAUAGUCAAAAGUAUUCAAAAGACAUUAAAACAAAUAAAUGUGCACCACUGUUGUUAACUAAGUUUAGAUCAACAUAUGACGAGGUAAAAAAUUUAAUACUCUAUUCGCUCCAAAGGCUUGAAGAGUAUUUUACAUUUAUGCUUCAAAGCUCCAAUAAUACCAUGUACCAAUUAAACGAGGACCAAAUCAAUCAAAAUGUGUUAAGUCCAUUCAAAAAAUUAUGUGGUGAUGUACCGGAAAUACUUCUUUAUAUACAUGACCAUCAAACCAAUGACCCGAUUGAAUUAACUUUGUUUAAUCUGUUUUUAUCACUUUGCGGAAAUCACAUGGAUUUUAUCGAUCUCCGGUGUCCCGCUAAACACGAAAGUGUAUUUAAUAGCGUAUUAUUAUAUCAGGAGAAAUGUAUUAGGGAAGCGAUAAGAGUUAAAUUACUGUGGAAUUUUUAUGUUCGUAAUGAUAAAAUUUUGGAAGUAGAUCAAUUCACGACAAAUUCAACUAUUAAUAAUGAUUGUUCAGAGUUAAAUUACAAAUAUAUUAAGGAUAUUUCUACAUCCAUAACUGAGUUCUACACUAAAAAAGGAAACGAAGUCAUAAUAUGGACCACGUAUGAUUGGUUAAGUUUAAAAUAUUUACUCACCGAAGUAUACGAAGAUAAUAUCGACAUUAACGGGAUAAAAUACAAUAAGAUGGACAUAGAAAAUGUACCAUUUACAUUUUCGGAGAUUUACUAUUAUUUUUUACCUUUGAAUGCAAGUAUCACCAAAAUUUUAUUUUUUCAAAAUAUAAUUUUAUGUAAUUAUCUGGACGAAAUAAUGAAUAUGUACGUUUACCGACAUGCAAUAUCGAUUGUUGUUUACUUUGAGAAUCGAGUUCAUAACAAAAAAAACGAAAUAAAAAUAUCAAGUUUGAGGAACUCUCUUAUGUGGUAUGAAAAAAGCCGAUAUAAAUUCUUUUUAAGUCUAACUCUUAAAUGUGAAACUAAGGACAGUGUAUUAAAAAUAAUAACAGCUAUUAAUAAAUUUAAAAANCCAAAAUAUCAUUUUAUGUAAUUAUCUGGACGAAAUAAUGAAUAUGUACGUUUACCGACAUGCAAUAUCGAUUGUUGUUUACUUUGAGAAUCGAGUUCAUAACAAAAAAAACGAAAUAAAAAUAUCAAGUUUGAGGAACUCUCUUAUGUGGUAUGAAAAAAGCCGAUAUAAAUUCUUUUUAAGUCUACCAGUUAAAUGUGAACCUAAGGUCAAUAUAUUAAAAAUAAUUACUGCUAUUAAAAAAUUAAAAGACGAUAGUAACUUUUCCGAAAUUCGUAACAACAUACCAAGUACUACAUACGAAGAACAAUAUAGUGCAAUCAAAACUAAAGUUGUUUUGAAGAAUAUGAUUGACUAUUUUAACUCUUAUUUGAAAAGAAAUUGUUUUGCAGCAAUUGAUUUUGUAGGCAAAUUUGUUGAUAUCGUACGUAAAUCGACUAAAGUAAUAAACCCUUCUAAUUCACAUUAUGAUUCAAACAUUGACGAAUUACCGUGUCAUGAUUUAAAUUCUUCCUAA